AUGCUAACAAGAACUUCUUUGUCUCUGAAGUCAACUAGAAGUCUUCAUAUGACUCCGGCUUCAAAUGAUUUUAUGUCAUGGUUCAAAAGGAAGCAAACGAAGAACACAAAGGAUGUAAUACCAACAGCUAAGGAUACAAGAGAAGUUAUUGAUGAGAUUGAAUCGGGUAAGAUGACUAUAAACAAUGUGAGCAAGCUGAAGUUAAAGCUUGCGGAGGAAGACUUCAUUGGAGAAGAACCUGGACAAGUUAAUUUGAAGAACCGUUUGCACCGUUUAGAGACUGUUCCUUUUAACAAAUGGUUGUCAAAACGGCAAGUUGCUUCUCUCGAUGAUUUGGAUUUGAUCAUACUACGAGCUUAUAAAGACUUCUCCAAAGAAUCUGGGGUGAUAAGUGUUACCAAUUCUAGUAUUUCAACACCAUUCCCCGAUUUAGUAUCGAAGUUUUUCUUCACCAAAUCUCUUCAAGCUCAAACUGGUGUGUUAAUACCAGACUAUCAGUUGACGAAAUUAAGUUCACCAAUGUCAUUUCGCAACUAUUUUAUUGAAGAGAUUUUGUCGGGAAAGCAAGCAAAAUACAAUGAAUUAGAGCCUAACGCAAUUCAUAUAGAUGAAGAAACCUAUAGUGCAGCAAGUGUCUAUGUUGUCAAAGAUGUGAAACAGAAGGAUCUGAAGAAAAAAUUAGGCAGAAUACUAUCUGAGGUCGAAACCUUGGAGCGUGAAUCAGCAAAAAAGGCCAUUGAGCGAGCAAAGCAUUAA